UUUAGCGUGGCGUGCACGCGCCGAGCCGCAGACUUGCUUCGCUGCCGAACUGCUCGUAAAUAGACAAGGAGGAAAGUGAGCGGCCGACUGUCACAUGGGGAGCUGCCGGACGCUUUCGGUGGACCGGAAAGCUUCGACUUCGAGCGACGGAGCGGCGACCAUUUGAUCCUUUUUAUCCAGCGUCUCUUUCGGCCACCGGUUUGUGAUGGUGAACAGCAGGAUGGAGGUGCCCACAGCGGCCUCGGCGGGGGGGGCGGCAGGUCGGUCGUGCGCGGGAUGCGGAGGUCGAAUCGCAGACCGCUUCCUCCUCUUCUCGAUGGAGCGGUACUGGCACACGCGCUGCCUCAAGUGCUCCUGCUGCCAUGCUCAGCUGGGCGAGUACAGCAGCACCUGCUACACCAAAGGAGGCAUGAUCCUCUGCAAGAACGACUACAUCAGGCUGUUUGGACACAGCGGCGCUUGCAGUGCUUGUGGGCAUUCUAUCCCUGCUAGUGAGAUGGUGAUGCGGGCACAAGGAAAUGUUUACCACCUGAAGUGUUUCAUCUGCGCAACCUGUCGGAACCGCCUGGUCCCGGGCGAUCGCUUUCAUUACGUCAACGGAACGAUCUUCUGCGAACGUGAUCGGCCAGGAGGCGGACUGCUCGGCGGACACCCAGCUCAAAUGCAAGCCAACAGUAUGAUGUCCGACCAAAAGGUCUGCUGAGAAAAACGGGAUGAGCGUCUUCUCCCUCGGCCCUUCUUCACCUCCCUCGCCUCGUAAACCAGCUCGUCUCGCUUUCCGUGAUGAAAGAAGGCUGAGUUGAGAGUGACUUGCUUUACUUGACGGAGGAGGACGCCGAGGAAGGUCGGACCACCGGACCGCCGUCUUGGAAUGAACUGUGGCAACAGUGCGCUGAAGAUCAGGCAUGGCUGAAGGGAAGGAAUCAGACAUUGACAUUUUACAGGUAACGCUGAGGACGUUGCUGAAAGUGAAAUCAACUCCUACAAAAUGCACGACACUGUUUUCCAACACAGGUGGCAACACGAGCAAUAAAAAAAAAAAAACAAUUCUGUUUUCUGCGUUGGUCAAGUAUUCAUCUUAACUACAGAAGGGAAAGUGGUGGUUCUGUUUUUCAUCUUGGUAUUCAUAGAACGAGCUUCAAAGCAUUUUAUAUCUUUUUUUUGUAUAUUGUACGUAUCUAUGUAUAUUCAAGUUGGCUUUUUUUGUCUGUAUUUCAUUUCUUUUGGACGCACAACAACACAUCCUUUACAUCCGGUACAUUUUCCAAGCAAAGAGUUUUUGCAACCAUACUUUAUCGCCCAUGUGGGAAUGAUGACUUGGAUAGUACAAGUCAUCAGCGGAAUAUGUUGAAGUAAAAUAUUGUGUGUGUGAAACAGAAUUUAGGCUUUUAAAGAAUUGGCUUCCGCAGUGAAAUUGCUCAUCGGGCCACGGACGUUCCAUUUUGUUCCAGUGAUCCGAUGUUGUACUUUAUUGGUAUUCACCGGUGCGGUGGGCGGUUGAGUAUGUAGCCCACCCCUGGCCCAAGGUCAGGUGGGAUAGGCUCCAGCUAAAAUGGAUGGUACGAUACUUUCGAAUGAAUUGCCAUAGAAUUUGAAUAUGAAUUCGGCCAAUUGGAAAGCGGAUAGCCUUCUUGGCAUCCUCGCAGUCCAAGAACUGUAUGUUAAAGCUGGUUUGCUUGUAAUAAAAUGACUUUUGUUCACUUUCA